AUGAAGCUUCAUGCUGUAGUAAUUCCAUACCCUGCACAAGGCCACAUAGCCCCAGUUCUAAAAUUGGCCAAACUCCUUCACUACAAGGGAUUCUUCAUCACUUUUGUCAACACAGAGUACAACCACAAUCGCCUCGUUCGAUCCCGGGGACCAGAUUCCGUUAAGGGCCUAGAGGAUUUCCAGUUCAAAACCAUCCCUGAUGGUCUCCCUUCCUCAGAUAGAGAUGCUACACAAGAUAUACCCGCACUUUGUGAUUCAGUUAAGAAUAAUUGUUUGCCUUUCUUUUUGGACCUCAUCAACAACCUUAAUGAAUCGCCCGAUUGUCCGAAUGUUAGUUGCAUAGUUUCUGAUGGGGUCAUGAGUUUUACUUUGGGUGCUGCUGAACAACUCAAUAUUCCUGAAGUCGUGUUUUUCACUACAAGUGCUUGUGGAUUCAUGGCAUAUUGUCACUAUGCUGAACUUGUAACAAGAGGGUACUUUCCACUUAAAGAUGAGAGCUGCAUAACCAAUGGCUAUCUUGAUACAAAGCUGGAUUGGGUUUCGGGGAUGAGAGAGAUUCGACUAAGAGACUUUCCAAGUUUCAUUCGAACAACUGAUCCAAAAGAUAUUAUGGUCAACUACAACAUUCUGCAAACCAAGAAUGCAUCGAGGGCCAAGGCCGUGAUAAUUAAUACUUAUGAUGACUUAGAGAAAGAAGUUCUUGAGGCCAUUCGAGAAAAAUUUGAACGUGUUUGCACCAUUGGUCCACUUCAAUUGCUCGAGCACGAAAUAGAAAAUACUAAACUCAAAUCCAAUGGCUCGAGCCUGUGGAAAGAAGACGAAUCCUGCAUCGAGUGGCUUGAUCAAAAACCACAAAAUUCUGUUCUUUAUGUUAACUUUGGCAGCAUUGCAGUUUUAUCAGCCAAACAGCUGCUGGAAUUUGCAUGGGGACUUGCCAAUAGCAAUCAGCACUUUUUAUGGAUCAUUAGGCCGGAUUUGGUAAGUGGUGAAAGCGCAAUUUUGCCAGAAGAGUACUGGAGAGAAGUUGAAGGAAGAGCCCUCUUGGUGGAGUGGUGUAAUCAAGAACAAGUUUUGGCCCAUCCUUCUGUUGGAGGGUUCUUGACACAUUCUGGAUGGAAUUCGACUAUAGAGUGCAUAUCGGAAGGGGUGCCGAUGAUUUGCUGGCCAUUUUUCGCUGAACAACAAAUGAAUUGUCGAUAUGCAUGCACCGAGUGGGAGAUCGGGUUAGAAAUUGAGGGAGACGUGACGAGAGAAAAAGUGGCAAAAUUGGUGAAAGUUUUGAUGGAGGGAGAGAAAGGAAAGGAAAUGGGGAAAAAGGCCUUGGAAUGGAAAGAGAAGGCUCGAUUGGCAGUUAAGCCUGGUGGCUCUUCUUACCAGAAUUUGGAGUAUUUGAUUAAUGAGAUUCUUCUUAAGAAUUAG